UGGUGAGUUGCCGAACGUGUAUGGCCGCCUCAUGGAAACUUAACCCGCAUAGUUACCUUGGGAAGCUCAGUGUUGACUCACCUGUUGUUGUGAGUUGGUGUCUCCUCUCGUGAGUGCUUCAUUGGCAGAACUGCUGCUGUAAACGAAGAUGGCGUUGACGUCCAUUCUCUUGGGCCUCCUUGCCCUGACCGUCGCCGCCUCUCCCGCCGCCGCCGCCGCCGCCGCCGCCGCUGACUCCGCUUCCCCCUCCGCUGCCGCCUCCGCCUCGCAGGACCUCAAUCUGAGACCUGUCAUCGGUAUCUUGUCCCAGGAGCUAAGCCGGAGUAUGCGAAAAGCUCUGACGGACUACGACUACACUUCCUACAUCGCUGCCUCAUACGUCAAGUUCUUCGAGGGCGCUGGAGCCAGAGUGGUGCCCAUCCUGAUUAACCAAGAUGACGACUACUACAGGACAAUGAUUAGCUCCAUUAAUGGCUUGGUCUUCCCCGGCGGGUCAGCCUCCAUCACCCAGAGAAGCGGCUACGGCAGGGCAGGAAGACUCCUCUACGACCUCCUGCUGGAGUCGGCGGCGAACGGCACGAUCCUCCCGCUCUUCGCCACGUGCCUGGGCUUCGAGAUGCUCAUGUACCUGCACGCGAACAACACCAAUCCUCUCACCAGCUGUAAAGCUCAGAAUCUCUCGGAUCCUCUGUUUCUCCAGACGGGAUGGGAACUGUCUGAGCUCCUUGGCGAAGCCCCCGAAAAUAUCGUGCAAACCCUCACCACCACGAACGCCACCAGCAACUUCCACAAGUAUUGCGUCACACCCCAGACCUUCAGGGAUCUGGGUCUCGACGAGGAUUUCCUGAUGGCUGUCGACGUCGUCGACGGACGCAUAGAUACGUGGUCGAAAGUGGGGAUUCCGAGCUCCUCGUGUUCGGCGGCAUGGCACCCGGAGAAGUGGACGAUCAUAUCCCCCGGUAUCUGCCUCGUCCCUUUGACGGAGGAAGACAUAAAGCGGUGUCUUCUCGACGUCCCCUUUUCCGAUCCAUCUGCUGGUCGUCUGAGCCAUAUUGAAGCCGCCAAUUCCCAAACUGCGCCGUACACAAAGGCUGAUCAGACCGCCCAGGUGGCUGAGCGAUUGGCUGCGUUCAUAUGUUGUGUUUGUAUGCCUGUUUCUGUGUGUCUCUGUGUCUAUAUACCUGUUUCCCUGUGUCUCUAUGUGUCUAUGCCUGUGUCCCUGUGUCUCUUUGUGUCUAUGUACCUGACUCGCCAGAACAACCAGAACUUCGGCAGCAAGGAAAAAGAGGCUGCUAUGCUCAUCUACAACCAUAGCCCCACCUACAUCUCCCAGCUGUACCGCUCCUCCUUCCAGCAGUGCUAUUUCUUCGAGUGA